UGAAAACAUCGAAUGUUUUGUUUUCUGCCAGAAAAAAGUGCAAGUGCGUGACAAACAUUGUUUAAAAAACGUUUAUCAGAAGUUAGUAAUCAAUAAUUGAGUGAAAAAUACUUGUAUAAAACCUGUAAAAAUGGGCCGCAGUCGUUCGCGGGAGCGAACCUCCCGUCGGGACGACGAACGCAAGAAAAAGAAGCGUCGUGAUUCCAGUUCCGAUUCCCGCAGUUCCAGCAGUAGUAGCACCGGAAGCAGCAGCAGCAGUGACCGCUCCAGGGAUAGAAACCGUAAGCGCAACAACCGGAACAAGUCGGAUUCGAGGUCGCCGGUGAAGAGGCAUCAAAAGCGAGAUCGCGAUCGAAGGCGGUCCCGAUCCAGGGAUCGUGAUCGAGAACGAGACAGAAGAUCUCGAUCCCGGGACAAAUCCCGCCAGAAUAAUGGUCACAGUUCGACGAGGGAUGGUCCCAGCGGAAGUAGGGAUGGCGCGGGGGAAUCAUCCUCUGGCGGUCGCAGAUGGGAACACGACAUGUACCAGGAGAAGCAGUCCCAGGGAGAUGGGGACCGGAGUCGACGAGCCGGAUUGGGAUGGGGAAAGGAUCGAGGAGGAGGCGCCGGAAGCAGCAUGAAUGACGAUUUCAUGCAAUCCAGGCGAUUGCAGCGGGAAAUCAUUGGGGAGGAAGGGGCUCCCAUUGCCUGGGCAGAUUCUCCUUCUCCAAAGGAAUCUUCCGAUGAUGAGAAGGAACUGGUCAUGGACAAAAAAUCCUCCAAAAAGGCCGCCAAGAAGGUGAAGAAGAAGAAAAAGAAGGGCAGCGACAAGAAGGAUAAGAAAAAGAAGAAAUCCAGCAAAAAACACCGCAAAAAGGACAAGCACUCCAAGAAGAAAAAGAAAAAGGUGUCCUCUUCGGAAUCCUCAUCUUCAUCCUCAGGGGAAAGUGAGCCGGAAGAGGAAUGGGUCGAGAAGUCCUUGGUUGGCAAAUCCAGUAGUAAGGCAACUUCCCGGUCAGGGGAGGUAGAGGAGGAUCAACAGCUUGGCGAUGGCGUUGUGGGACCAAUCAAAACCAGUGGCAAUCUGAGCCAGAAGGACUUUGGGCGGGCGCUGUUACCGGGAGAGGGUGCGGCGAUGGCCGCUUAUGUAACCGAGGGUAAACGCAUUCCCCGGCGAGGUGAGAUCGGGCUGACGUCGGACGAGAUUGCGAACUUCGAGGACGUGGGAUACGUGAUGAGUGGAAGCAGACAUCGCCGCAUGGAGGCAGUGCGUAUCCGUAAGGAAAACCAGAUCUACUCGGCGGAUGAGAAACGGGCCCUUGCAAUGUUCAGCAAGGAGGAACGGCAGAAGCGCGAGAACAAGAUCCUGUCGCAGUUCAAGGAGAUGAUCAGCGCCAAACUGGCCAGCGAUAAGCGCUAAUUCAGCUUGGAUUUUUCUGAUGGAUUUUGUGCAGUCAGCGCGAAUGAUAUUUAUGAAGAGGAAAAAUUUAACUCAUCGAAAUACAAAUGGGUGAGAAUUGCUUGCCAAUGAAUUCAAUACAA